AUGCAGAUUGUUCGUCGCAUUGUCAAGCGCCUGCCGUCUGCGCCGGCGCUAGCUUCUCUCGAAGAUGCUUCACGUGAGAAGGGCCAGCUCGCACAGCGCUUUGCUUUCCUGCGAAGACGGAUUAGACUACGCGGCAAUUCGUCUAUUUCAAUACCGCUGGGUUUUGUGUUACUAUUUCCGCAUCCGUCCUCCUCGGGCGGGAUUCUCAUCCCAGCCGGUGCGCCGCCGUCCAUCAGGCGAAUAAGCGAAGAACACGAUAAAGUCUUUGCGACAGGAUGCUUGAAUGUUGAAGCAGAAGUGUCCGGACCCCGGGCCAACGCCGCGUUCGUCGUACUUGCACGAAACAAAGAACUCGAAGGUGUUAUUCAAUCCAUCAAGUCCAUUGAGCGCCAUUUCAAUCGGUGGUUCCAUUAUCCUUAUGUCUUUUUGAAUGAUGGUGAUUUCGACCAGGAAUUCAAAGACACCGUCCAAAAUUACACCAGCGCUCCCGUUGAGUUUGGUAAAAUUGACAAUAGCAUGUGGGGUUAUCCGGACUGGGUGGACCAUGAAGUUGCCAAAGAGGGAAUCAGGAAGCAAGGCGAUGCUGCUAUUAUGUAUGGUGGCAUGGAAAGUUACCACCACAUGUGCAGAUUCUACUCCGGAUUCUUCUAUAAGCAUCCCUUGCUCUUGAAGUACGAGUGGUACUGGCGUUUGGAGCCCGAGAUCAAGUAUUUCUGCGACAUUACAUAUGAUCCAUUCAUCAAGAUGGCAGAGGCAAACAAAACAUACGGCUUUACCAUCGCUGUCAAGGAGCUUCGAGAAACUGUACCGAAUAUCUUCCGUUAUGCCUCUGCGUACAAACGUACCAAGGGACUCGAGUCAAAAGGCCUGUGGGAGAUGUUCCUCGAACGACCUGCGGAGGAAGAGUCAAAAUCAGAGGACGCAGCCAAGCAAAAGACAAUUCCCGAGGAACUUGAUGACGUGAAGCUUCCUGAGGUAGACCGGGAAGCCAUGGAGGGGGAGAAGUAUAAUAUGUGUCACUUCUGGAGUAAUUUCGAAAUCGCCCGAUUGGAUUUCUUCCGCAGUAGAGAAUACGAAGAGUUCUUUGAGAUGAUGGACCGCAGCGGUGGCUUUUGGAUGGAACGGUGGGGUGAUGCACCCAUCCAUUCCCUAGCCGCAGGUGCGCUACUUGCUCCUCGCGAUAUUCAUUAUUUCCGAGAUUUUGGCUACCGUCACACCACCAUUCAACACUGCCCAGCGAACGCACCAGCUCGACAACUUCCUCGCAUUCCGUUCCUAGAAAAAACAACCGAAGACGAAAAGAAACGAUUUGAAGAGGAUGAUUACUGGGCCACACCUGACCCUGUCAAGGAGAACGGCGUGGGUUGCCGAUGCAAAUGUGACACGGACAUUGUCGACGUUGAAGGAAAGCAAGGAAGUUGUCUCGUGGAAUGGGUUGAAGUCGCUGGCGGCUGGGCUUCGCCAUGA